GACGUAUUAGAGGUUAAAGGUAACGAUGCUCGUGAGCGUCGCUGCUGGCCAGAACGUUAGCACCGAAUAUUCGGGCUACGUUAAACGCCGUGCGGCUGUUUAACUUGUUGUUUGCUUGGAAGAAGUAGCAACAUCCUGCCUGCCGCGCCUGUCAGCUUCGGCCUCCCGAUGCCGAACACGUCUGACGGCCCAAAGCUCGCCGGUUCCGAAGAACCGUCAUCGGUGCAGAGCGCCACAGACGGUGGAGUGGAUCACGGGCUGAUGAGCUCGUUCAGCAGGGACGCGAGUCGGGUGAGGCGGGCCUCCAGUGCGGAGCUCCACCUGCCCUGGACCUGCCCGGUGACCCACUCCCGCGAGAAGUUCUACACGGUGUGUUCAGACUAUGCCCUUCUGAACCAGGCCGCUUCCGUGUACCGGCCUCCGAACAUGGUCCCCAAAAAGCAGCACGACGACAGCCUUCAGCCUCCCGGUGUCCAGGGACCACCGGGGGACGUGGAGGAGGGGAACCAGAGUCACUGUAAGCCCAUUCUGGCCUGGGAGAUUGACACCACGGACUUCCAUGCUGUAUACACGCGGAAAGUCAGAGCCAGUAAUGUGAAGAAAAGCAGCAGCAAGAAGCUCAAGUCUUCAGACAGACCGAGUCGGAAUUUACAGGAGGGGAUUUCUUUCUCGUCCCUGGAGGAGAUCAAGCAGAGGAAGGUCCUUGAUCUGAGGAGAUGGUACUGCAUCAGUCGGCCGCAGUACAAGACGUCCUGCGGAAUCUCCUCGCUGGUUUCUUGCUGGAACUUCUUAUACAGCACGCUGGGAGCUGGGAGUCUUCCACCCAUCUCCCAAGAGGAGGCGCUUCAUAUUCUUGGAUUCCAGCCGCCUUUUGACGACAUCAAGUUUGGUCCCUUCACCGGCAAUGACACCCUGAUGCGGUGGUUCAGACAACUCAACGACAACUUCCGUGUGCGAGGCUGCUCCUACAUCCUGUACAAGCCACAUGGCAAACACAAGACAGCUGGAGAAACAGCUGAAGGAGCCUUGAUGAAGAUGACUCAAGGACUGAAAGAUGAGUCUAUGGCCUACAUUUACCAUUGCCAGAAUCACUACUUCUGCCCAGUGGGCUUUGAGGCCACGCCCCUUAAAGCAGCUAAGGCAUACAGGGGCUCUACAGCACAGUAUGACAUGGAAUACUGGAUCUUGAUAGGUGAACCCAGUAGGAAGCAUCCAGCUAUUCAUUGUAAAAAGUGGCUUGACAUUGUGACGGACCUGAACACACAGAACCCAGAGUACCUGGAUAUCCGUCACACUGAGCGAGGCAUUCAGAAGCGCAAGACCAAAAAGGUUGGGGGAAACCUACACUGCAUCAUGGCAUUCCAAAGGGUGAACUGGCAGAAGCUUGGCCCGUGGGCACUUAACCUGGAGAACCUGAGGCAUGACUUCCACCACUCUACGGCCGAGCUGGCUCAAGGGAGUGGGGCUGGAGAGUCUGAGGGAAAAGCAUCUGACAGGCGCCUGGCCAACCUGGGACGAUCUCAGAGCAUGGGCAGUCAGCAAGACUCCAGCUGGAAACAUCUGUCCAACACUGGCGACUACAGACAGAGGAGCUCACCGGACAGCGACAUGGAGGAGGAAAUCGGCGACUGAACUGCACCAAGUGUGAGUGACCGAUUACAGUGGUGGGUUUACUGCUGCACUUACAGCUGCGCUCCCUUUGUUUAUAAGACAGAAUGGACUUGUACUGGGAUGUGGAUCUCUGAUCUAGAUCAGUUUUGUUGCUCACAGGUUAGAUAUUCCUCAGAGGUUGACAUGCACUUCACUGGUUGAUCACAUCAAUCAUCUACACUAGCACUGGAUUAAGCUGUUACAAUGGUCUCUUAAAGAGCAGUUAAUAUUUAAAGGUAAGUCCACUAACUCUCUGGCAUCUGCUAACCUGAAUCCCCAACUGUUGCCCUGAUCUGAUUCAGUGGUGGUCGAGUCAAUAUUGUAAAGAGGUAGUGUCAACAGCACAUUCAAAGUUACACAUCCUAUCUUUAAUAUUUGUAUGUUCAGGAACUGAACAUGUUGCGGUGGCACUUGUUUUUUCACAGUCAGUCACCAUGGCUGCUCUGAGUCUGCUGCAAGAAGCCACACACCAGCCAGGUUUUACCAAGCACAUAUCUCAUCACCUGAUGGGUCAUUACAUACAGAUCCAUGUGGCCAUAUGUCAGGUACAAGGCAAAGUUGAGAGGCAGAAUUUUGUUUUGAAGUUAUCCAAAGAGACCGAUGAACUUGUAUACAAGGACAUGAUCUGAAGGUAUGUUUGUCUGUGGUGCAACACCACUCCUUACAGGGAUCUGACCAGUGACAGGCUACACAGUGAACUGGUCAAACAACCUAAAGCCACUAGGUAGCAUGGAGACAAGUUGAACCCAUGGGGAAGAAAGUCUCUCUUUUCACUGUAGGUUUUGGUCGAGUAAAAAAAAGAGCGGUUUGAUUCGAAUGGUGUUACUGACAAGGAGAUUUGCCAACCCAGUCAUGUAAAUAACAAAAGUUAUCCGCUACAUUUCAACAAUCUUGCUUCGAAGGUGGUAAGCUCAGACUUGACUGUUGUACUCGCAGGCUUUUAUGUACCGUCUGGUUGAAGCCCCUGCAACAGCUGCAGGAAAUAUGGUGAUGUUUGUGCCGCAGGUUCCUGUGUUAUGUUCUGUGAAAAUCCCCUGUCAAAGUGUUGUAAGCCAUUGUUUGGUUGAACGCCGUGCAGGAGCACAGAAACAAAGUGGCAGAUUCCAUCUAUUCUGUUUGUUCACUCACUUGUGUUUGCAUCAGCGCCGUGCCAUUUUCCCAUUGACACUGUGUCUGUCGGUACUUGAAGUAGUGGUUUAUUUAUUUGUCUAUAAAUAAAUUAUUUGUACUCAAUUCUUUAUUUGCG